GUUUUCAAGCUGCUCCUGCUACUGCAUCUAAGGGAACCAUCACAGAAGGAUGGUGUGCGAAAAAUGUGAAAAGAAACUUGGUACUGUUAUCACUCCAGAUACAUGGGAAGAUGGUGCAAGGAAUACCACAGAAAGUGGUGGAAGAAAACUGAAUGAAAAUAAAGCUUUGACACACACACACAAAGCAAGAUUCGAUCCACAUGGAAAGAAUAAGUUCUUCACUUGCAGAAUUUUCAAAAGUUCUGUGCACCAACCAGGUUCUAAUUACUUCCAGAGCUGUGCGUACAAAAAGGGCAUCUGUGCAAUGCGUGGGGAAAAGGUAUGGGAUACCAAAAACUACAAGCAAAUGUUUGUCUAUAUGUAUUGAUGAGGAUUCUGUCUUUCUGUAUGAUUUUGAUUUCUGCUUUAUAUUUUCAAGACAUAUCCUAGAUGUUCAAGUUACAAAUUAACAUGCUUUAAGACUAUUAAGGUUAAACCAGGGAAGUUGAUUCAUUCUUUUGCUCUCUAGCAGUUUUGAAUAGCAACAAUGGAACUAAUCUGCCUUACAAGCAUCUUACUGAACUAGAAUAAGAGGCAAAUUUAACAACAAAAUAUUGUCCCAGUUCUGUAGCACUUUUUAUUUAACAAUAUUCAUAUAAU